UUAAAAAGUAUUUGUUAAAGCCUUAUAAGCCUUACAAGCCAACCAGCUAUGAGCUCCCACAUCGCAGAGUGACAUUCUCCACAGCCAAUCCCGUGCAAGAUCAGCAGGACUCCUCUCAGCAGAGUUACUAUGACAGUGGUCUGGAGGAGUCUGAGACCCCCAGCAGCAAGAGCUCUUCAGGACCACGUAUCGGCCCCCUCGCCCUGCCCGAGGACCACUAUGAACGGACCACCCCUGAUGGCAGCAUUGGAGAGAUGGAACACCCAGAAACCGAUAUUCGCUCACUACCUGAUGUUGCCAUGACGGGAAACUGCAGUCAGGAGUGCAGCGAGCUGGGUCACUCAGAUGCCUGUUGGAUGCCCGGUCAGCCUUCGCCCGUCCGCAAGACCCGCAAUCUCCCUAAACUGUCCACGUUUGUGCCUUAUCAGGAGAGGGGGAGCCUGGGACGCCUGGCUAAUGGGAGCGUGAGGCUGGGAGGAGAGGAGAACAGGCCACGCUUCCCACCUUCCCGUAGUGCCUACUCCAGUAGUGACCACACCCCCAGUGACCACGCCCCACUGGAGGAGGUGCCUCUGAGAGUGACAUCAGAGUUCCCGCCUACCAGCCCCCCCUCCAAUCACACUUCGAAAAGAGAGAUAUACCUGUGAGAUAACCACAUGCACCAUCUUUGAUUGAUGCACAUCAGAAAUUAGAGAGACACGGUUGCGAAAAGAGAACAUCGAAUUUGCGACAGGAUAUAAAUUGGAUAGUGGAAAAAUACGCUAUUGUCAUAAUGUCAGAGUAGAUUUAUUUUAUUUAUUUAUUUAUUCAUUGAUUCAUUCAUCUAU